CCCAGAUAUUACUCUUUCUUCACUUUGAGUGGAGGACUCUCAAGCCACCAAUGUGGGAAAAAAGAAUAUCAUUGGCUUCCUCCCUCUUCUUCACAAACUCUACAUGACCAUCCUACCAUAGCCAAAGUACCUCUGACCUCCCAAAAACUAAGCACCCUAUAGUUAGGCUUUGAAUUUUGGCUUUCUGUCUCUUCACCAAAGAGCCGAGAAAGUAGAAAAUCAUGGAUAAACCAAAGCAAUCAAUUUGGACUUUCACAAUAGCUGCGUUACUCCUCGCCGGGAUUUUUCUCCUUUACAACUCAUCCUCCUCCUCUUUCUCUACACUUCUAGUUCUAUCUCAGAAACAACCACUCUGCCAUCAACCAAACUCUACUUUCACUGAUGCAUAUGGAGAUGAACUUGACUCUGCUUUGGCCAAAGCCAGCAUGGGAAACAAAACAGUGAUCAUUGCUAUGGUGAACAAGGCCUAUGUAGACCAAGAUGUGGAGAGUGACACCACUAUGUUUGAUCUGUUUCUCAGUAGCUUUUGGCUUGGAGAGGGAACCAGGUCUCUCAUUGAUCACCUUCUCAUCGUAGCGGUUGAUCAAACGGCCUACGAUCGAUGCCAGUUUCUGGGUUUGAACUGCUACAGAUUAGAAACAGAUGGUGUUGACUUUGGAGGUGAGAAAAUCUACAUGUCUCAAGAUUUCAUCAAGAUGAUGUGGAGAAGAACUCUUUUCACGUUGGAAGUCCUCAAACGGGGCUACAACUUCGUUUUCACGGACACUGAUGUAAUGUGGUUGAGAAACCCAUUUGCAAGAUUGAGCAUGAAUGAGACUGAGGACAUGCAAAUGAGCGUAGACCAAUUCUAUGGUGAUCCAUGGUCAGAAAAGCAACUCAUCAACACUGGAUUUUACUUUGUGAGGUCAAACAACAAGACCAUCACCUUGUUCCAAACAUGGUACGACAAGAAAGACAAUUCCACAGGACUAAAAGAGCAAGAUGUGCUUCUUGGCCUCAUUAACAAUGGUAUCAUUGCACGCUUAGGACUUAAGGUUAGGUUCUUGGAGACCCUUUAUUUCAGUGGAUUUUGCCAAGAUAGCAAGGACUUCAAGGCGGUCACCACCGUCCACGCCAAUUGUUGUCGGAGCAUCACGGCCAAGGUGGCCGAUUUGAAGGCUGUCCUCCGUGAUUGGAAGAAAUUUAGGAAGUUGGAGGCUAAUGCGGAAGUGAUUAAUCUCCAAUGGGGUACACAUGAUUGGUGUUGGCAGUCAUGGGGAAGAUCUAACCGAACAAAGGUUAAUAAUAAUCACUUAUAGAGGUCGUUUUGAUGCGCACUAAAUAUCAAUAAGUUUAUUUAAUUUCUUGUUUGUAAGUUCUAAUAAAUAUAUCUUUUUUAUCCUAAUGAAACAGAUUCAAAGUGGAACAGUGAUGCAUCAUAUGCAUCUCUUUUUUAUGGAUUAAUUCUUUUUAAGUGUUUA